AGAUCUGCAAUUGUUUAGUCAGAUUUUUUUUUUAUGUCAGAGCCAUCCUUGAAAGCUGUAAACGCCAGUGUAGGAGGCAGGCCAUAGAGAAACCUUUUAUCCAUGUAUCUUUUUGAGCAACACAUCAUCGAGAGCACACCCACAGUCCUGGCAAACGAAUGCCAUAAAAUGCUACAGGUCUUGCAGUUUGCCGACACUGUUCAGUGAAAAGGUGUGAGUGAGGACAGCCAUAGUAGGUCAUCUAAAAGGAAACUACAGCUCAGGCAACAUACAGGAGGAGGCUACCAUGAAGAACAUGCACAAGGCAGCCACAGGCAGCUGGACUCUGGGCAACAACCCUACCUCCUCUGCAGUGAGAAACUCCUGCCAUCCCAGUCUAAAGAUGUUCCUUGCAGCCUUGUCCUUUGCCUAUUUUGCUAAGGCAUUAUCUGGCAGCUACAUGAAGAGUACAUUUACACAGCUAGAAAGGCAAUUUGACAUUCCCAGUUAUCUGAUUGGCAUCAUAGAUGGGAGCUUUGAAAUAGGGAAUCUGCUGGUGAUUGCCUUUGUGAGCUAUUUUGGUGCCAAACUCCAUCGACCCAAGAUCAUAGCAAUUGGGUGUAUCCUGAUGUCUUUUGGAACCUUCUUGAUCGCCAUGCCACAUUUUAUCAUUGGCCGCUAUAAGAUUGAAACAUCAGUUAAGGCUUCAGUGAAUUCAACCAAUAGCCUCUCUCCAUGUCCAGCAAUCUCAGCAGAGUCCAGCAAAGCAGGUGACAGACCCUCUAUACUACCCUCUACAGGCUGUGAGCGAGAUUCCAGUGUCUCUAUGUGGAUCUAUGUGUUUCUGGGAAAUGUCCUGCGUGGGAUUGGAGAGACUCCAGUGCAGCCUUUGGGAAUCUCCUACAUUGAUGAUUAUACAGAGUCAGAAAAUACUGCCCUCUAUAUUGGUUGUGUCCAAACCAUAUCAAUUAUAGGUCCUGUCUUUGGGUACCUGCUGGGGUCCCUGUGUGCCAAAAUCUAUGUUGACAUUGGUAAUGUGGACAUGGAGACUGUGACUAUUACCCCUGGUGACGCCCGCUGGGUUGGGGCAUGGUGGCUGGGCUACUUCAUCACUGGUACCAUCACUCUCAUGUCUGCUGUUCCUUUGUGGUUCCUGCCCAAAUCACUGCCAAUGCCCGUGGAUAAACAUGAUACCAGCUGCACUCCAGAGCAAACUAGGUUUAUCAGAGGUUCCCAAAGCAUGCAGCACAAGUUCAGACCUGAGGAGCCAGCUAAUUUAUAUCAGAUGGCCAAGGAUUUUUUGCCUACCUUGAAGAUUCUCCUUGGAAAUCCUCUGUUCAUCAUCUACUUAUGUGUGACAAUCAUUCAGUUCAACUCUCUCAUCGGGAUGGUCACAUACAAACCCAAGUACAUUGAGCAACACUAUGGCCAGUCAGCAUCAAAGGCUAAUUUUCUCAUGGGUGCGAUCAACAUCCCAGCUGUGGCCCUUGGGAUGUUCUCUGGAGGUGUUGUCAUGAAGAAGUACAAGUUGGGUAUAAUGGGAGCAGCUAGAUUUGCCUUUGGGACCUCCCUGCUGGGCUACUUCCUGUCACUCUUUUUCUUAGCCAUGGGCUGUGAGAAUGCCAAGGUGGCGGGCAUCACUGUUUCAUAUAAUGGCGAGGAAGGCUUGUCUUAUCACGAACAUUCUCUCUUCUCCGACUGUAAUUCGGGUUGCUUGUGCUCAAGAAGAGAGUGGGACCCAGUGUGUGGAGAGAACGGGAUCACGUACGUGUCCUCGUGCUUAGCUGGAUGCACUUCCUCCUCUGGCUCUGGCAGAAACACGAUGUUUGGCAAUUGCAGGUGUGUGGCAGUGACUGAUACCCACUCAGGAAACCUGACAGCAACUCUGGGCCAGUGUCCACUGAGGGACAGCUGUGAAAAAAUCUUUCCAUAUUUCCUGGUUCUGUCUGUGCUCAGUUCCUUCAUAAUCUCUCUCGGGGGAACACCAGGCUUUGUGCUGCUCAUCAGAUGCAUUAAACCUGAGCUGAAAUCUCUAGCACUUGGAAUCCACACCUUAGCCACUCGCACACUUGCUGGAAUACCUGCCCCUAUAUACUUUGGAGCCAUAAUUGAUACAACCUGCCUCAAAUGGGGAUACAAAAUGUGUGGAGGAAGAGGAGCAUGCAGAAUAUACAACACCACAGCUUACAGGAUAGUGUACCUGGGCCUGACACUAGGCUUGAGGACAGUCUCCUUCUUCUUUUGUAUUUUGUACUUUGCUUUACUCAAAAGACACGUUAAGAGAGAGGAGAAAAAUGCUGUGGCCAAUGGGAGUGCAGAAUUGGAAUCAGUAAAGAAAGAGGAGAGCAGCACCGUGCACUGUGGGCAAGUUAUACUGGCUUUGGACUGCAGUCCUGACAGAGAAACGCACUUGUGAGUCUCAGCACAACCUCGUCUCUUCUGACUCAGCUCCAUGGAGCACCUCGGAUGUGUGGGGGAACAUACACUGUGGACACCUUUCAUAGCACACAGAGUAUAUAUUUGUAUAGGACUUGUUUAGAUGUAGGAUAUCUGAUGAGUCAUUUUAUGAACAUCAUAUGCUAUUUCAGGGAUGUAUAAAUUGAUGUGUUUGUCUUUCAAGGUUGGAAGACCUUUGUAGAAAAAUAGAAUGUAAUUGUGUAGUAUUUUCUAUGUUUGUCUUUGUUUUUAUUAAUGAACUUGAUCAAAUUGAUUUUCAGAUUCUACAAUUUAUUAAGGUGCUUGAAUAAGACUGUUAAACAGUAUAAUUUCAGUCUUGUUCUCAUGGCUUUGAUUGCAUUUCAGGAGACAUAUACAAGUCAAACAGGUCUGUAGACUUUGCAACUGUGACUGUGGACACGCUGUGGUAAAGUAAGGGUUUCAACCUGUGAACGAAUGACAUCAACUAUCAAACCAAAGCUACAAUAUCCCUUUGGCAUACACAACUAUCACUUCCUGUACAGAUAUGACAGAAACCAUUCCUUCAGUAAGAUCAGUUUCAUUUCUCUUUGUGGCUUUGACAAUCAAACGUCUGAGUCUACUGUAACUACAGUAGCCAAUCUGCCAUUUCUAGCAUUAAGAACAAAAUGUCAAACACCAGUUUUACGUCAGCAUGAAUGAGAAGUCCUAAAAUGCCCAGAAUCAUGGAACAUGUGGACAUCUAUGACAAAGUUAGUCUGCUGAUGAGGACUGUAUGUUCAGUAGUAGACCUUGAGUUGACAUUGUCAGUCUGUCAAUCUCUGCAAUAAAUCUAAUAUGUUUGGA